CCCGAUUACUCCAUACUGCAAAAGCGUUUCACAAUAUUUAACUAACUCUCUUCUGCACGGAUAUAAAAGAUGCAUUUGUCCACAGGGACACGUGUGUGAGACAUUUUCAUUACUUUGGUUUGACCUCAACUCUCAGAGAAAGGAUGAAGAGCACGGUGGCGUUUCUCGUUCUGUCCAUGCUCGUCCUGAUGGCUCAACCCUCCGAGGGGUUUUUCGGAUUGCUGAUGAAAACCAUCCCUCACGUCAUUGGGGGCAUUUCUAGUCUGAUUAAAAAUCGACGUGGGGUGGAGCAGGUGGACCAGCAACAUUUGGACCAGAACCAAGACCUGCAGCAACUAGACCAGGACCAGCAACUAGACCAGGACCAGCAGCUGGAGCAGGAGAAAAUUGACCAACAGCAGCUGGAGCAGGAGAAGUUUGACCAGAAGAAGUUGAACAAGUUUUUGCUUAAACACAUAGCUUGAUGACACCGUUUUGUUCGUUUGAAUUCCAGCUGAUCAGAGCCUCGGCCUCCUUCCCUCAGGAACAUGAUGCAAUAAAAACAUAACGUGUUCAUUUGCACAUUAAAACAUGUUUCAAAUUGUCUAUAAUUAAACUUUGCAGGAAAAGCAAAGAAAUG